CACCUGUCGUCUGCAAGCUCAGCUCACCCUCGCGCAGCGCAAAAAUCUCUCAAGUCCCAAGAUGGCAGAUACCAUGGACCUGCUCCUGCCCAGGGCUGCCUGAACUUCGCCCUUCCAGUAAAGAAUCCGCGGACGACGACAAACGGCCAACAUGAGUCUACGUCCCACCUGAGAGGGAUAACGGAGCUGCAGAGAAUGUCAGUCGCUCUGAGGCGUCGUCCUCGCGACGCGCAACACCGGUGGCGGCUGCAGUUUGUUGUUGUUGUUGACGGUUAUUGAUUGCUGUCCUCCGAGGCCCUGUGCGCUCGCGCCCCUGUGUGUGCUGGAUACACAUCCGCUCUCUGUUUGUUCCCGAUCAUGAAGAUUCGAGGAGGAUGCUGAGGUCGACUGACAGGAGCUGCUGAGCCCCUGCUCUUUUUUUCAUCUUCGUUACGGAUUCAAGAGUGUGAUCCUUAAAUGACACUCAACAUGCUUGUUGUUUGAUCAAUUCCUAGUUCUCUAUUGGGUGACACUACUAAGUCUAGUCACAAAAUUCAUACAGCAAGAUGGAUUCUGCCACAGAACUGGAACAGAUUGAGAAACUUGCCAAGGAGGCGGAAUCUCUCAAGGUUCGUCUGGAGGAUGAGAGACAAAAACUCAACGAUGUCACUCUUGCUGUUGUUGCCGAAAGACUUGAAUCAAUUAGCUGUAUAAAUGUAAAGCCACGCAGAGUGCUUAAAGGACACCAAGCAAAGGUCCUGUGCUCUGAUUGGUCUCCUGACAAGCGGCAUAUUGUUUCUUCUUCUCAGGAUGGAAAAAUGAUCAUAUGGGAUGCCUUCACAACAAACAAGGAACAUGCUGUUACCAUGCCAACCACUUGGGUCAUUGCCUGUGCCUAUGCACCAAGUGGACAGCUUGUUGCAUGCGGUGGUCUCGACAACAAAGUGACGGUCUAUCCUCUGAGCCUAGAGGACGACGUCUCGGCGAAGAAGAAAACCGUGGGCACGCACACUUCGUACACGUCCUGCUGCGCCUUUCCAAACAGUGAUCAGCAAGUGCUAACGGGUAGCGGUGACAGUACCUGCGCUCUGUGGGACGUCGAAAGUGGACAGCUGCUUCAGAACUUCCAUGGACACUCGGAUAGCGUCAUGUCCAUUGAUCUCGCGCCCAGUGAGACUGGAAACACUUUUGUCUCCGGUAGCUGUGACAAGCUGGUAUUCAUAUGGGACAUGAGGAGUGGACAAUGUGUGCAGAGCUUUGAGGGUCAUGAGUCCGAUGUUAAUUCGGUUCGAUUCCACCCAAGUGGCGACGCAGUGGCAACGGGCUCGGACGACGCGACCUGUCGGCUGUUCGACCUUCGUGCCGAUAAGGAGGUAGCGGUCUACACAAAGGAGAGUAUAAUCUUUGGAGCAAAUGCAGUUGAUCUGUCGGUCAGCGGUCGGCUCCUCUUUGCAGGAUAUAACGACUACACCGUCAACGUCUGGGACACCCUCAAGUGCCAGCGGGUAGCCCUUCUCUACGGCCAUGAGAAUAGGGUUUCCUGUCUGCGCGUUUCCCCCGACGGCACAGCUCUGUCCACAGGAAGCUGGGACACAACACUCAGAGUCUGGGCUUAAACCCGAGUCGCUUUGUUCUUUUUCUUUCCUCUACUGUUUAGGUAUUAUUAUCAUUAUUGCUGUUCACCUCUUGUUGCUCACCUGUCGAGCGGAGAUUGAUUGACAUAUCUGUCGAUGUUGAUUGUUUUUUGCGUAAUGCGCGCUUUUGUUGGUUGUUUUCGAAGCGUUUACGUGCGUUAGGUUGAAUUGUAGAGAUAGUUCUAUGUGGUUGGCAUGUUGAUUGUUUUGGCUACAGUAUUAAACAUUGAUUAGGCGUAAAACUUUUUUUAUUGAUCUCUUUAGAAACGUUAAUUUCGUUGUAUGUAGAUUCGCGUGAAAAGAACUUGCUGGAAAAAUGAUUCGCCAAAUAAAGACAAAUUUGACAAUCAUUCGCCAUUUAUACAUUUAAUUUUAAAUUCGAUUUCUUAUUUCAAAUGCAUAGCGUUGAUUAGAUAAAACUGAAAACUUAAUUUGGUUUAUGUCUGCUAUCCAACGAAUUUUUAGGUAACAUAUAUGCAUAUAACAUCAUUUUAAAAAUACGAAUUUAAUAUUAACCUACUAUAUUUGAUAUCAGUUUACACCUCUGAAUAACAAAGAAAUAUAUUUUUUAAGACAAAUAAGUUAGACCUGUUGCUUAGUUUAUAGUGUAAGAGCUAAGACUUCGUCUUGUGGGUAUUACGUUUUUCUAAAGAAUGACACUUCGGGAUUACGUGGCAUCUUUAAUCGGCAAUAAUUUAAAGGAGCAACUUCUUUUCAUGUGAAUCUAGGCGCAUUAAUGCUAACUGUGAAUUUUAUGUUAUUCUUCGCAAAAUUACGUGACAUUUGUCAAUCAGUACUUUCCUUGCCAAUCACCACUAAUUUAAUUUGAUUUUUCGUAAUUAAAUGAACGAAAAAUCAAGAUUUUACAAAAUGCACGCACAAAUAAAGCGAUAUAACUAUUUACGAUUUUUCUCCAUUUAUUCGUAUGAUUCUCUGAUAAAUUCAUAGAGGGCAUGAAGUAUAUUGUUUAAAAUCUCCCUGAAGCUCUUCAUACAAGAUAAGCAUGGAUAAUUUAUUGAGUAAAUCACAUAUACAUAUAUAUAUAUAUAUAUAUAUAACGAGGAAAAGAAAAUGAGAAUAAAUAUAUAAUAAAUUAUUGAAAGGUAAAUGCACAAAGAAAAACGCAUUUGACGCGCAAGUGAGAUACAAUGUAUAAUAAUAUAUAAAUCACCAAAUGAAAAGCAAAGAAAAACAUAAGUAUAUAAAUGACAAAGACGAAAAACACGUACGCGCCCUUUGAUCGAUGUGGUGAUAUAAGGCGAUUUAACGACGACAACAUAUACCUGUUAAACAUAUAUUUAUCGACAAAAAAAAAUGUAUAAAGCUGUAUUGCGCUGUCGGAGGUACAGUCAGUGUCUCGCAUACCCCCUUAGCCGUGCAACGCAUUCAGUGAAAGUACUUUGAUCCAUCAAUAUUUUGUUGUUGAAAAUUUCAACAUUCGACUAAAUUCCACAUUUCGAAAAUGCCUUGGCGUUAAAAUGUAUGUACAUCAUCGCACAUUAUUCACGACGAAUUGCAUAAAGAUAUUUCUAUCAGGAAUAAGACUCAAGACUGCCACAAGAGUCGACCGACAGUCGUUGCGCGGAUAGUCGUCGAAUAUAACAAAAAAGAAAAAAAACAUAAUAAAAAAAAACACGUAGAGCGUUAAAUGCCAUAGCGAUCGAGUGUACACGCAGUAUAAAAAAUGUGAAAAAAUACGCAAAAAAAAUACACACGUGUGAUGUCCUAGUCAGCGAGGUUGAGAGUCGCGCUUAGGCUGGUCCUAAUUCAUAUAUAGGUCGUUUGGACAAUAGACAAAAAUUGUUGAUCGAAGGUGUAAGCGUGUAUAACGGAAAUAUGCAGAUGCAAGAGUAAACGAUAAACGAAUACUUAGUAAGCACAAUGUAAAAAUGUAUUUUUUCUUUCUUUUCGUUCACUCUUUUCGUUGUUUACCGAUAGUCGAUCUCCCAAGGGGAACGUCUGUUACAAUGUAAGCGUUCGCAGACAGAUAAUUUUAUUUUUCGAUGUAAUCGUUCGAUCGAUGUUAACAUUAUAGUCGUUACUCGUGAGAUCUUUCGACUGGCAUUUCGAGAGGACUUUUUGCGUUUCACUGUGAAUCAGUUUUCGUUUUCUCUAUAUUCGACAAGGAAGUUAUAGGAGAUAAAAAUUUUAUCUGUUAUGAUUAAACAACUGCCACAUAAUUUAUGAUAAAGUAAUACUUUUCAAUAGAUUAGAAUGAAUAAAACUAUUAAAUAUUAAAUCAAUAAUAAAAAUA